ACCCGAUUCUGCAGAAGUUUGUGCCAGAACCAUGGAGGAAUCCAUGUGAAUUGUGGUAUUACGGCACAUUCUUCUAUUUUGCUCACCCCACCACUGUGUUUUCAUCCCCUUUUGUCGUGGCGAGGGGAUGAACAAGAUCACCAAGGACAGUUUCGAGCCGCUAUGGGCUGUGUGAGUAGUAAGUUAGUACCUGAACCGCCGCCAAACGCGCACCUUGUGGAAACGGUGUACAGGCAAGAUGGGUUGAAAAACAAGGCGAAUCGUGCUGAGCAUUUCAAGCACACAUCGAACCGACCGCGUGAAGAUGGUGGCGGCGGCGGCGGGACGAAAAACAAUCAGCAGGAAAGCUCUGGACAGGGACCUCGAACUAACAAAAAAGUUAAAAAGUACCGUGAUAAGUUUGACCCCCGGGUCACAGCAAAAUACGACAUUAAAGCGCUCAUCGGCCGUGGCAGUUUCAGCCGUGUGGUACGAGUGGAGCACCGGAUGACCAAGCAACCGUACGCCAUCAAAAUGAUAGACCGCAUUCAAGGUAAAGAAGUUUUCGAGGCGGAGCUGAACGUUUUGCGACGAGUCCGCCACUGUUACAUUAUCCAGCUAGUAGAAGUAUUUGAGACUCCAGACAAAGUUUACAUGGUGAUGGAGCUAGCCACAGGUGGGGAACUUUUCGACCGCAUAAUCGCUAAGGGAAGCUUCACUGAGCGCGACGCAGUGAGAGUGUUGCGCAUGGUGCUUGAGGGGGUCCAGUACCUUCAUGGGCUGGGCAUCGCCCAUAGGGACCUAAAGCCAGAGAAUUUGCUGUACUACCAUCCUGGCCACGACUCCAAGAUCAUGAUAACAGAUUUCGGACUCAGCCACAUGUCGAAUGGGCCAGACAAUUACAUGAGAACAACCUGUGGCACACCUGAAUAUAUUGCGCCAGAGAUUCUCGCACGAAAACAGUACACAGUUCAGGUGGAUCUCUGGGCAAUAGGAGUGAUAACGUACAUUUUGUUGAGUGGGACAAUGCCAUUCGAUGAUGAAAAUCGAACCCGCUUAUACAGGAUAAUCCUCAAAGCAAAGUACAGUUACGCUGGAGAGCAUUGGAAAGAUAUAUCCUCUCUGGCAAAAGACUUCAUUGACAAAACUCUGGUUGUGGAUCCCAAUGAGCGGAUGACAGCAACAAAAGCAUACAACCACCCAUGGUUAGCAACUAAUGCUGCUACUUCUUCACAGAAAAAUUUGCACCGCACCAUUUCACAGAACCUGCUGCAGCGCCAGUCGACUCGAGCCAACAGCACCAAAUCAGCCAAGUCCACGAAGAGUAACAAGUCCAACAGGUCAGGGCAUUCACUUCGUUCUGAUCGGCGUCGUGUCCAACCAGAAGAGAUAGAAGAGCUCCACAAAGACCCUGAAGUGCAGGCUGAGUUAGCCUCCCUGUGCAGCAUACACAGUCAUCACAGCCAGUACAAUGUAUAGCCAACCUUUUGUAGCCUUAUGUGAUGGUUUCCUUUUUUUUUUCGUCUUUCGUCCUCAGACGGGUUCAUGGCAUGUUACUGUUUUGGAAGGCAGAUUGGUUGAUGGCUGCAGACUGAAUAGGGUUGUUUUUUUGUUUUGUUUUUGUUUUUGGUGGGGGGAGGUGUCACACUUUAUUCAAGGCCAUGGCUUGCAGUUUCUUCAAAAAUAACUUGACAAAACACAAUUUCUGUUUGGGGGACAUAAAGUUUAUAAAUGCAUGUUGUUAAAGCCACUUUACAUGGCUAGGUUGUUGGUGAUCAGCAAUGAGUGUUGAAUUCCAUCCAGUUCCUAAUUUUCGUAACAAUGAUAUAUCAGUUCUGACUGAUUCAAGUGCCAAAAAGUAGAUGCAUGGUGAGUUCUGAGUUUUGUUAUGCUGGUCUUCACUGCUGUCCCUCUUGAUUUUCUGAAAAUUCUCAAAGCCAACACAUUUGUGAUAAUGUGCUUUGAAAACUGAUUUAUAGUUGGCUGGUGCUGCAAGUUACUGCUGUUAUCCUGAUCAAAAGAAGUACUAGUAUAAGUGUAACAAGGAGAUAAUAACUACAAAAUGACCACAAGAAUACUUGCAUACUGAAAGUACUGGACUGCUGAAAGGAAGAACUUGGACAGAUAAACACAAAGGAAAGAAAAAGCAUUUUGACUUUGUGGUUGUUACAGAUUUACAGGUUAAGCAAUUGUCACUCCUACUGCCUACGUCAUGUUUGCCUAUUUGGAGUGCUUGAAGAGAGGAAGCUCACACAAACAAAAGAAUGUUGUCUGCCUUAGUCUAGAGGUCAGUUUUGAAAGGGGUUAACUUUUGACUAAGUGCAGACACUGUGUCCUUGGUGUUCACAAAAAAAUAGUUUACAGCACAGAGCAGCCUUGAAGGUCUCUUACAGUGGCCCAAGAUGAUCUUUGCUUCCUGCAGUAUUUAUUUUCAACAGGGCUGAGUGUAUCAUGACCAAUGCCUCAGACACUUUGAGAUAAUGCCAGCAUUGAAAUAGACUGCUAGUUAGUAUACUUCAUUCUGAGUGUAUGCGAUUCUUGACAGCCUCUGUAUUUUUGUCAUAGUGUUUACAAGGGGUGAAUGUGGAAUAAAAUAGCACUGAAUAUUUGAUGAAAAGAAUGUUGGAUGGGGGUGUGGUGGUGGUGGAAUAGUAAGUUUUGCUGUUUACAGCACUUUCAUUUUUGAGAGGCCAGAUGGUGAAGAGCGUUUGCAGCACACUUGGUUUGAAACUCAAAAUGCUCAGUCAGCAUCCCUUAAUACUAGUUUGAUUGAGAAGGCCUGACUUUGGAUCUUCUCCUGUGUGCCAUCACACAUUUCAGCUGACCACUCUUGGAUGUGAAGUGGCUAGACACUCUUUGGUGUAAAAGGUAAUGUGGGGUUGUAUUUUAGAGGAUAAGUUGAAAUAGGCAUCAUACCUGAUAAUUACUCAUCAAACUUGCUUAGCGGACAGUACUUCUUAUAAUAAUUAGCUAAGAAUAAGUUUUGAAAGUUAUUCUAAAAUUGGUCAACUCCUUUUCCUGACUCUACAUGUCAUACUUUUGCUCUGCUCAUAGAAAUAUACCAUAUGACAGGUAAAUCAUAGAAACCCAUAUUAAAUGAUCUAACACAAUAUAAAACAUUUGUUCAUAAUUUUACAGAGCAGUGAUUAAUGCUGGAUCAUACAGUUGUCAAAGUUUUAUGUCCUUGAACCUUUGGAGUUUCAGAAGCACUUAGAAAAAGUAUUAGCAUUGUUGACCACUUUCACUUGCAACAGAUUUUAUAUACAUAUAUGUGUAUAGUUUCAUUUAUUCAUAGCAGUUUUUAGUCUUUUUUGUUGUUGUUCAUUCUUCUAAACAAUAUGUAAAUAAGCCAGUUUUAGAGAGCUACUGUUAUCAUUUAGCAUGCAUUAUGUGUCUGAAAGGUGAGAGGGUGAAAAGUGUUCAGUGACUUUUGAAAGUGAUUUUAUAUCCUGAAGAUUGUGUUUUGGUGGAUGUAGAGUGUUCAAAAAAGCUAAUUGGUAAUGCUAAUAACCUUGAAUUUCAGGGUGUCAAAUCAAAAGUGUUUUGGGUUUUUUUUUUUUGAAUAAGCAUAGAUAUUUUUCUCAAAAUCACUCAGGAUUGAUGAUGAAAGUGGCAUAAUUAUUUUCUCAUUAAAUUAUAUUAACUCAUGUCAUGUGCUAUAUAUAGUUACAGAACCAUGACCUAAUUAGACCUCAGCCAUUGAGUAAGAGCGAGAGAUAUGAUGUGUGUCUGGAUAUGUGUGCAAGCCUGUGAAAAAAGAUGGAAUCUUUUUUUUAUGGCUGAGAAUAUAUGUAUCUGCAUUUUAAAUUGCAGAUGCUUAGAAAUGAAUGAGAAAAUAUGAGUGUUAAAAAAAAAAGGUGGAUUUGUUUCAAAUGAAAGGACUGCAUUUUUUUGGUAAUUGAUAAAAGUCAGAUAUUUUCACAUGCAUGUUUUAUGUUGGCAAAUAAUGUGAAAUUUUGGAAUAGAACAUAUUACAGAUCUUGCUGGUUGGUUCGCACCACUAUGACAAGUCAUAAACCAAUCCAGUAUAAAAUAUUGAUGUUUCAGAAUCUGGGAAAUUUUGGUACGUAGUAUCAUAAAGAUGCAUUGCAAGACCUGUUUUCUUUCAUGAAGUUCACAAUGUUUAAAAAUUAAAAGUUUUGUCUUUCCCCUCCCUCCCCUGAUGGUACCAUUUUGAUGGCAACAUUGCUUAUCAUAUAUAGUUGUGUAAUCAAGGUGUACAGAAUGCAUGGAAAGAUAAUGAAAUUGUACUAAAUUCUUAAUGCCAUCUAAUGAUUAUUUUCUUUUGUUUCACUUUUUACAUAUUUGUUUGCUGAAAUCCAUUUUCAUGUUGUACAUGUGCAUAUGUUCAUAUAGGUGCUAAGUAUUAUGUUUGUGAUAAUUUCUAUAGAAGAUCCUGCAGGUUCCCCAGUAAUGCAGUGUUCUUCGUCACGUCAAAAAAACAUGUAAUAGAAGUCAGUUUACAUUGUUUAAUUAGCUUGACAGAUGUGUUCAAGCAAUUUUUCAUUUUAAGAUGCAGAUGAUUUGAUAUUUUCAGAAAGCUGAAUUGAUUUAGUCAUUUGUUUUGUAACUGUAAAUUAAUAUUUAUUUAAUUGCCAAAGUGAAGAGCUGAGAAAUAACCUGAAGGUGUCUUAAAACUAGUCUGAUAAAGACUAUCAUUGCUUUCAGUUUGGUCACCUGUGAAAUCUGUGCGGAUUUUUUCAUGAGACUUUUAAAAAUUAUAGCAAAUAUAGCAUGACACUGCUGUCAGGAGACGUUUCCUGACUGCCUGGUCCCCGUUGCAUGUGCAGUGAAUGCUAUUGAAAGGCUGCUGAAGACUAGUUGGUCUUAAGUGUCUUUUACAGUCACCUUUACUCGUGUGAAGGGGAAACAGACAGUUCUGUAUGGUGUAGAAAACUUCCUCCGUCGACCCAGCUGUCCAGAAUGGGUGCCAGACUCUAAAGAGGGUUGGAUAAAGGCAAAGCCAUAAUGAAAGAGAGAUUGUCAAUGCCCUCACACACAAAAAAACAUGGCCCCAAGAAUAGUGUCAUCUCUAACAACUCAUCCACCAAUCAGGUUAGGGAAAAAGGGCUAGGGAAUGAGCUUUAACUCUUCAUCUUAUCCUGGUGAAAAUCUGGUGUUGAAUUCUACACUUUAAGCUGGAAAAGGGAUUGGUGGGUAUGGGAAAACUAGAAUUAUUUAGAAAUAGAGAAUGGUUAUUUAAUGAGAAUUAUAUUUUUCUAUUGUUCUUACAUACAAAAGUAUCUAAAAUUGUUCCCACAACAGCUAGUUUAGUGAUUCAUUACUUAUUCAUGAUCUAUGCAUGCAGUAGGUCUUUUAUAAUUGUAAUAAAUUUUCAUCUCUUUGCAAAGGUCACUUAAGAAUUCAUCUGCUUUUAUGAUUAAUAUUUUUGAGUGAUUUUUAAAGAUAUUUUAGUUUUGUUUUUGCUUUCAGUACGAGUCUUAAUACGGUCAACAAACUGUGAGAUUUGUAGAGUAUUCGUCCAAAUGUCAUUUUGAUAAUACUUAAAAAAAACCCAACUAAUUCUGCUUUUUGCUUAGUCAUUGAAGAUGUACUUCUGGAAUACAGAAACUGAUAGUUGGUGGUGACAUUUAACACCAAGGAUGUGCUUUUCUUCUGGAUAUAGCAUAUCCAAGAACAGUUUCAGACUUAAAUAUUAAUAAAAGAUUUAUCUUGUUGUCAUGAGAUUUAUAACUUAUUUUUUUACUUUUGAUUUAAAAAGCAUGUAAAAGGAAAACAAAGGUUUUUCUUUUUGGUUUGAAAAGUUGUACACAUGAACAAUUUGGGAAGUUCUUUUCACUGAUAGCUUUCUGUCUUCAGUAAUGGUGAUUGUUGGUGGUCUAGCUUUUUAAAGUUUUUUUUUAUAACUGAAUCAACUGCUGCUUUUAAAAUGUUCACAUCUGAGCACUGUCCUAAAGAAUAUUUUUGCUAAAAGAGGUUACAUUUUAAAUAAUAUCUAGUAAAAGCAGUUUCUUUGUGCGAACUUUUUUCCCAUAGAAACCAAUGUCAAGAUUUGUUUCAAGAGGAAACUGUUGAAAAGUUAUUAAUCAGUGGUAAAAGGACAAAUUAUUUUAAUGCUGAAAUUGAAAGAACUCGUGUAUUGAAUAUGAUAUUACGUUUUUUUUGUGUCCAUUGUGCUGUCGUUUUAAGAGAUGCACCUUUACCCCCACCUCUAGAGCCAGAUUAGCUGAUUUCAUGACCACCUUGUGAAGUAUGCUUUUCCUUUUUGCAAAGAAUGAUUGUCUUUACAAUCAGGUGGUUACAAAUAUUUUCCUUCAUAUUCUGAUGUUGUAGUAUGUGAGAAAAGAGUCUGCAAGAUGGGAUAAAUGUGUGAGAAAAUGUUUUAUGAUGAAACUCAUUAUGCUUUUUUCAGUCUGGAUUUGAUUAGCAUAAUUAAAGUACAACAUUAAAUUUAACAAAUCAUCCAUUUUAAGUUUGCAUUCAUUGGAUAUCAAUACCAGCAGAAUAUAGCCUCUUUCUUGUCUUCAGGUCUCAUGAUAGUUACACCAUACCUGUAGCUAUAUUUACGUGUGCUUUGUCAAGACCUGUAGAUCUAGUACAGAUGUCUGGGCAUAGAAAUCAGUCUUUUAAUGCAGUUCUGCUUUUUGUUCCUAUUUUAGGGAGAUUCAUUACCUGUGUUUCAAGUUUAAAUUAAAAAAAGUUGUAUCUUA